AUGAGUGGCACAGAGAUUUCCGUUGCACGAGCCACUCGGUUGCAAGAGAUUCUAGGCGAGGUCCAUCUUUCAGUCACCCGAAGCCGGACUAGGCCAAUGUACGCGAUGGGUACGAUCGACACGAUAGCAAGAUUAAUAAUGAGAAUCGUUCGGCUCGGCCACACAUUUUUCCGCCCGGCUGAAGACCUCGUGAGAGCAACCUCGCGGAAAGAGCAGAUCGAUACUAAGUCAGUUGAGCCAACUCCCCCUGUCCCUCAGACGAUGCAGCGCCUCCCAUCCUUACCCCGCGAAAAUACCCUAUUAAUGCCUUCCGCAAAAACAAAGCUGAGUACCUCAAUCUGCCCUUGCAGCUUCUCUAUGCCAUCUAGGCUUUACUUUCACCCUUUCCUACAGAUUCUUCCAGCCGAGAUAUUAUCCUCCAGUCACUCACUACUUCGCGAUAUCCACUUCUCCUAUUUUGAUGUGCGUGCUGAUAUUGAAGAUAGAUUCCAGGUUGUGACAUGUGGCGAACAAGACUUAUUACCACCAACAGUACAUAAAUUUAGCAAUACCACACACCAAUAUAUCUCCACUCCAUUUAUACGGUACAUGCCUACAGAGAAUGAUGAGUUUCCUCUAAAUUACCUAAGCCCAAAGCCAUCGUCUCUCAAACUCCCGAAGAUAUAG